AUCUUUUACCAAAAGGUGUUUAAUUUGUGGCUUUAUAAAUACACAUCUCAAGAUGCAGUUGCAUAGGUGCACUUGAGCUUAACAAUGGCAUCACCAUCAAAACCAGUGACCUCUGGCUCUGGGAGUUCAAUGAGUGUUCAGGAGAUGGUGAAAGAGUGCUCUAUGCUCGAGGCCGUGCCACAGCGCUACGUUCAAGCAGAUCGAGAACCUUCAAUUCUCUCCUCCGGCAAAACAAUCCCUGUCAUUGACAUGAAACAUUUGAUUUUGGAUGAAGCAAACGAAGACGAACUACAGAAAUUGCAUUUGACAUGCACAGAAUGGGGCAUCUUUCAGGUGGUGAACCAUGGAGUUGGCUCUUCCUUGGUGGAGAAAUUGAAAUAUGAGAUUGAAGAAUUCUUCAACCUUCCAUUGGAAGAGAAAAUGAGAUACAAACUAAGGCCAGAUGAUGUUGAAGGGUAUGGACAGACCAUACUCCAAUCUGAAGAUCAAAAGGUCGAUUGGGCUGACAGAUUUUAUAUGAUAACCAAUCCUUUACACAGAAGGAAGCCACACUUACUACCAGAACUACCUUCAGCACUGAGGAAUAGCUUGGAGUCUUACUUGUCGGAGCUGCAGAAGCUUGCCAUGCGGGUUUUUGGGUUGAUGGCGAAGGCUCUAAAGAUUGACAAGAGAGAGAUAGAAGAGAUGUUUGAAAAUGGGAUGCAAUCAGUGAGGAUGACUUACUAUCCUCCAUGUCCACAACCAGAGCUAGUUAUAGGCCUAACGCCGCAUUCGGAUGCUAGCGGUAUCACCAUCCUUCUCCAAGUAAAUGGAGUGGAAGGUUUUGAAGUUAAAAAAGAUGGAGUUUGGAUUCCUGUAAAUUUCCUCCCAGAUUCGUUUGUAGUGAAUGUUGGAGACAUUCUAGAGAUUUUUAGCAAUGGCGUGUAUAAUAGCAUUGAGCAUAGGGCGACAGUGAAUUCAAUGAAAGAAAGAAUCUCCAUUGCCAUGUUUUUCAAUCCCAAGUUUGAAGCAGAGGUUGGACCUGCACAUAGCCUUAUAAACCCACAAAAUCCCCCAUUAUUCAAGAGAGUAGUGAUGGAAAAGUACUUCAAAGAUUUCUUCUCCCGUAAGCUCAGUGGAAAAUCAUUCUUAGAGAAAAUGAGGAUUCAAAUUAAUGAAGAAGACCAUGAGACUUGAUGGCAUGUGAUUAGUGUGUGUGUGUGUGUGUGUAUAUAUAUAUAUAUUCUUAGAUGAAAGAAAAAAAAAUGGUAAAGUAUGAUGUGUUUUGAGUUAUAUGUUGUAAAUGAAUUAUGUAUGUGUGCUUAAAAUUAAUCUAUAAUAUUAGUUCCCGUCUUGCCUCAUUGAAACUGGGAUAAUCCUGUUGUGCUAUUUUGUACAAUCUACACUAUCAUGAUCAUUUUUGACAUAAA